UCAACGCGGCCUCAUAGCGAAGCGGAGGCACUGCAAAAAGCGCCAAAUUUGAUUGAAUCGAUGUGUUUCACCCAUCGAAAUGGUUUCACCCCACUGAUCUUUUUUAUCAGUGUUUCGAACUAGAGUUGAAGGAUGUUGCCGAACAUAUCAAAGCUAAUUCGUCGACAUUACAAGCCAAAGUUUCAUCUCUACAAAACAAAAGAUGUAGAGGCUCUAUCAUGGACGGAAGAUUUGACAAGUCCAAGAGUUCAAGAAUGUAUAAAAGCUGAAAGCAGAUAUGCAAACAUGCAGUUGCUAAGUACAAAGAUUUUCCAGCUGAGAGUGAGAAGGUAUUUGAAAAAGAUUUCUAAACAACAGUUGGGUGGCACCAAUGAAACUGGGUUCAAAGAGUUUUCAGGAUCAUAUAUUUAUUAUGAAAAAAAGUCUGGAAGUUCUUUGCCAUCCAUCUACAGAAAACAUGCAAUAUCAGGAGAUGAACAACUGCUUUUGGAUCAGCAUGAAUUGGCUUUAGAAACAGGCUUUGUGCAACUGAAUGCUUUAAAACCAUCUCCCUCUGGCAUGUUCAUGGCAGCCAUUAUAAGAACUGAUGUCACCACAGAAAUUGGCAGCUGCUACAUUUACAACCUAGAAAAAUCCAGACCAUGUCUACUGGGAAAGUUAUCAGAUGUUAUGGCAGUAGAAUGGUGCAAUGACAAUAAAAGCCUGAUUGUUGGUAUCUCAAGUGGAAUUGGUUCUGUAAACAAAAUCAAGAUGUUUUGCAUUGACAACAGUAAUCAGAAUCAAUUGUUAAUUGAAAAUGAUCCCAGAUUUUCAUUUGAUCUUUUAAAAACCAGGGAUUCUAGAUUCAUCAUUGCACAUUCAAACUCGAAGAAUUGUUCAGAGGUCCAUAUUCUUGAUGCCAACAAUCCCAAGCAAGGUUUUAGAUGUCUUGUUAGAAAAGAGGAGAAUAGUGAGUGCUUUGUAGAUCACUGGGAUGAUCAGUUCUAUGCAAUAAGAAAGGGUAGAAACGAUGAAGAUUAUGGGAUCUCAAGACUUCAGGAUGGGUUGAAUGAUAAUGACUGGCAGGUUAUCUACACCACAAAAAAUGACAGCAAAAAGUCGCUGCAGGAUAUGGAAAUCUAUGCUGAUGGCUUGGUCUUAUAUGAGCUCAACAAUCUUAUUCCACAGCUAACUUUUAUGCCGUUUAAUGGAACAAAAUGUGCUGUAACCCACAAGACGGCUGAUCAUUCUGCAAUCAUGGAAUCGUUCUCCAACCAGAACCCUCAGAGUGACACUGUACGGUACACAAUUACGUCACCAAUACAGCCAGUUAAAGUUUUCGAGUAUGACCGAGUGAAAGAUACCACGCGGAUGUUGCAAAAUGAUCUGCCUGCCUGGAACACUUCAGACUUUCGAUGGAAACUUCUUAAAGCCAGAAGCAAAGAUGGAAGGUGCAUUCCAAUGACAGUUUUCUUCCGGAAAGAUAUUAAAGAUCCCAAGAGAUGCCCAGCUUUCAUCACUGUAUAUGGUUCAUAUGGAGAAUCAGUCAACAUGAGGUUCUCAUAUGAGCAAGCAUUCUUGCUUCAGAACAGUUGGAUAUUGGCCUUCCCUCAUGUGAGAGGAGGUGGUGAAUUUGGUAAGAAAUGGUACACAGAAGCUACAAAACUCAAUAAAAACAAAACUUUUCAGGAUCUUCAAGCAAGUGUAAGAUGUUUACAUGACUCUGGAUUUUCGAAUCCAUGUAAAACAGCUAUUUUUGGGAUGAGUGCCGGUGGACUUCCAGUUGCUGUUCUUUGCAAUGAAGCACCAAAUCUUCUUCAGGCUGCGGUUUUAAAGGUACCUUUUUUGGAUGUGCUAACUUCAAUGUCAAAUAAAAGGCUUGAUUUGACAUCACAGGAAUAUGAAGAAUGGGGAAAUCCUCUAAAAUCAGAAGAUGAUCUAGUCAAUAUCAAAUCUUAUUGUCCAAUUCAGAAUUUGAAAGCCUCACAGGAUUUCCCUUCUGUUUAUUUGAUUUCAUACAUGGACGAUGAACGAGUUCCAGCUUGGAUGCCAUUGAAGUGGUUGGCGAAAUGGAGGCGUGUAUCUGAUGGCUCGAGCCAAAUAAAUAACAACCUUGUGCUUUGUCGACUCUACGAGGAUGGAGGACACUUUGGAAAUUCACGGGUAUCACAAGAAGUUCUGACGAGUGAAAUGAUUGCUUUCUUAUACAAAUCUUUGGAACUACCGAUGAAGUUUUGCUGAUUGAAAAGCCAACAAACAAUGUUUUUUGAAAGACUGCUUGCCGCUUACUGAAAAAUAGAGUAUUUCGCUAAUAUUUGAUAUCAGCUGAUCUUCGUUAAGUAUGAAAUGAUAUAUAAUUUUACUACAAAAGUCUGUAGUUUUUCAUACGAAAGUCUAUAACUUGCUUUUUUAAAUCUUAAAUAACCGAAAGUAAUUCUUUCAAAUGUCUUUUAUUUGUGAUAUUGACCAAGUGCAAUUUUUCAGCAACAUACUGCAAAGAUGAAGCUCUAGAUAUAUUUCAUUUAAAUUUACCUAUUAUGCUCUACAAAGUGGUAGAGAGAGUAUAAUGAUCAAUUUGGUCUGGAAACAUCCUUAAUUCCUUUAUUGUGAUCCACUUAAUCAAUUUUAUGCGUCGCAGAUUCUUUCUGCUAACUACCAAGAUCCCAUACACCAUGUGAAACAACCUUUUUCCUUAUGUUGUGAAAAACAAUGUUUGAAGACACUUACAUUUGAUGACAAAAAAUUGUUUCAAGGCUUGAGCACAUAUUUUGUGAUAUCAGAUAAAGCGUUCUGCUGUUGUUUUUGUUUUUUUAAGACAUAGGAUUUUUUGGUCCAGACCUUUUGGUCCAUGUCAAGCUAGAGCCCUUCCACCUUUGCAAACCUGCU